GCGGCGCACGCGCGCGCGGCGUGACGUCACGCGGCGUCUUCCACGUCGCUCAGCUGGGGUUGUCCCGUAGCCCCGCGCCGUGGCCGCUGUCGUCAAACUUUUAACAACAACAACGACGCGCAAAGGGAUACAAAAAAAGCCACUGAGCAGAAAUAAAGUAUCAAACCCAAGUGCCAAAGUAAAGAUUCACCUCAAAGACACAUUCCAAUGCAGUUUCUGCCAUGAAGACAUACUUUUGUUGUGGAUACUCUACAAAGAAAUGUAAUGGUCAAUAGAAUAGUCCACACAUUCUUGUUCCUUCAUAAGUGAACCAAAACGCAAUUGCAUUCCUAUAUUUACAAGCCAGGAUCGUGUACUACAUUAAUCGUUUUGCCUCGGUGCCAGUGAAAAUGUUAACACCAUCGCAGAGCUCGUCCGCUGGACCAGUCAUGUGAUUCGCCAUCCUUGGAAGUGGGAAGAAAGCAAACGUGAAAAGCAGUGUGCUUGCGAAAAUGGAUUUUUCCAAGUUUCUGGAGGAGGACUUUGAUGUGAAGGACUGGGUGAAUGGAGCCUUCAAGGCUGCACAGAAGGAGGCUCCUGGCAAGGUGGACGGUCAUGCGUCCACACUUGUCAUGAAGUUACAGCUAUUUAUACAGGAGGUCAACAAUUCUAUUGAAGACAUCAGUCAGCAGGCCGUACAAAACCUUCCGCGUGUGCUCAAGGAUGUGGAGGCCGUGCGGCAGGAGGCCACAUUUCUGAAGGAGCAAAUGGCUCUGGUGAAAGAGGAUAUCCGCAAAGUGGAGCAGGACACGGCUCAGUCCAUGCAGGUUCUCGUGGAAAUUGACAAGGUGAAGUCACGGAUGCAAGCUGCGGCAGAGGCCCUGCAGGAGGCUGACAAGUGGACCACGCUGAGUGCCGAGAUUGAGGACGUUUAUAAAACGCAGGAUGUACAAUUGAUUGCCGGGAAGCUGACAGGCUUGCAGAGUAGCCUGGCCAUGCUCGUGGACACCCCCAACUACUCCGAGAAGUGUGUGCACCUGGAGUCUCUCAAAAAUCGCCUGGAAGCGCUGGCCAGCCCACAUAUUGUAACCGCCUUCACUUCUCAGUCUGUAGAACAAUCGCACAUGUUUGUGAAUGUGUUUGGGGAUAUCGAUCGGAUGCCGCAGCUCCUCGCCUAUUACUACAAGUGUCACAAAAGCCAGCUGGUGUCUGGUGCCUGGAAGGAUCUGACCCAGAGUGACAUGGAGCCGGCACAACAGCUGCAAGAGUUCUUUGAUGUCCUGCUGAGCACAUGGCAUUCCCAGGUUCAGUGGUGCAGCCAGGUGUUCCGGAAGCCUUACGAGGUGGUGACGAUCCUGCUGAUCCAGACGCUGGGAGCAACCGUACCCUCGAUCCCAGAGCGUGUGCGAGCCACCGUUGACGCGGCCCCUGCUGAAGCCAGGCUCUGUGUGCUGCUGGAGCUUUACGAGAUCACCGUACACUUCGCCCGGGGACUCGAGGCAGCUAUGGUGCCUCACUUGGAUGAGAUGAACCUCUUGAAGCUGGGAGAGCUGGUGGAGGCCGUUUACAAGCCAUACCAGCAGUACCAACUGGACUACGGAGAUCUGGAGGAGCACAACCUGCUCAUUCAACUCAGUGCCGUCCCAUUGGAGCGAGGAGACCUCAUCGACUGCGUGCAGGAGAUGAGCCAAUCGGUGAACAAGCUUUUUACCCUGGCCUCUUCUUCGGCCGAGCGGUGCAUCAAGCUUACAGAUGGGCUUGGUGUUUGCGGGCUUCUCCGGGCUCUCAGGGCACUCUUUUCCAAGUAUGUGUCGGAUUUUUCCGGCACGCUCCAGUCCAUCCGGAAGAAAUGUCGUUUAAAUGAGCAGGUGAUUGGAGCUCAAUUCCAAGAGGAUUGGACAGCCUUUCAAAACUCCAUACGAAUCAUAGCAACGUGUGGAGAGCUGCUGAGGCAGUGUGCCGAUCAUGAGCAACAGCUCGUCAGCAAAAUCAUGACGAUGGCUGGCAAGUACUUGUCGGAGAGCUACAGCCCUUGCAGCCUCGCAAGUCUGGCGGAGAGCAGCCCCGUGGAGCGCAGGCCCGGCGGCAAGAACCCAUGGCAGGACUACAACUACCUCGUCCGUGGCAGCUCCCCCGACUACGCCCGCCUCAUGGAGCUGCUCUUCACCCUGAAGGAGAAGGGCGCGGGGGGCAGUAACCUGCUGGUGGAGUGCAAGACGGCACUGUCGCGCCUCAACCAGCAGGCUCACCAGCUGGCCUUCGACGCCGUCUUCCUGUGCAUCCAGCAGCAGCUGAGCUUGGUGCCACGCAUGGAGGUAUGGAGCAGCGGCUCGGGAGCAGAAGUGCUUACAGAUGACCUGCCAACAUUCGGCUUGUCACCCUUUGAAUACAUAACCAAUAUUGGGCAGUACAUCAUGUCCCUGCCUCUCCACCUGGAGCCCUUCGUGACGCAGGAAGACCCAGCACUGGAGCUCGCGCUGCGCACAGGGAAGCUGCCCUUCCCUCCAGAGCAGGGUGAGGAGUCCCAGGAGCUGGACAACAUGGCCGACUACUGGCUGGGUUCAGUGGCCCGAGCCACAAUGCAUAUGUACGGAGAGAUGAUCCUGCAGAUCAACCUGCUGUCCCCUCACUCCACCAAGCAGCUCGUCACCGACAUAGACUACUUGGUGAACGUGAUGGAUGCCAUCGGACUGCAGCCGUCGCGAGCCUUGCAGCAAAUCCUGACGCUGCUGAAGGCCCGCGCCGAAGAUUUCCGGCAGGCCGCCAAGUCUGUCCCUCGCCGUAUGGCCAGUUCCGUGGCCGCCAUGAGGGCCAUUGACUACUGAACCUGGGGCAACGGCUCUGUGGCCCGCGGUGUUGAUUAGCCGGUGGCCCGCAGCAAAGAGGGAACACAUCUUUUUUCAGAGUGAACGUUUCCCACAAUAAUAUGGAAAUUACGUUUUUUAAGCAGGGUAGGAUGUGUCGUGGAGCGCAGUGUCGGGAAUUCCAAAUGGGAUUGUGAGCAACCUCUGAUGUGCAUCGCGAGAGGGAGUUGUUAGAAUUGUGCAUGUACAGCCCUUUAGCCAGUCCACUCCUAGAUGAGAGCCCCACCCCCUCCCGAUGCUGUGUGGAUCGUGGGAAUUAUUUGACUAUGGCUAUUGGUUGGCGUAGGCGUGGAGCAUGACCAUGGAAGCAGUACAGUUCAAUUUAUUUUCCGUGCUGCCCUCUGCUGCCCACAACCCCGAAGCCUAUAACACCUGUUAAGCGCUAUCCAGGCUCCAGCCUGCUUCGCUUCCAAGAUCUGAUGAGACAGGUUGCAUUCUUGGUGAUUUAGUCAUUAGUGUUGUGAGGAUAGGUAUACCAAAUUUGUAGGUAACGGUCCUAGAGUCUGAUCAAAGUUCGAUCUGUAAUUUUAAAGUUGUCUUUUGAGAGCAACUAAUGUUCCAAAUGUGUACAAAGUGCAAUUAUUGUGUGAGAAAAGCUAAUUUUUUGGUUGUUGGUAACAUCAGUACAUUUUUAGUACAAUAUUCUCAACGUUACCUAAAAAUCACCAUAAUGCAGUUUACUGCAUGCUGUAUGUACACACGUAACUUUAUGAAGUAUUAAAUAAUAUAAUCUGUACGCUUAUGGAAACGCCCCAGUGAAAUGUGGAGAAGAUAGAUCGGAAGCUUGGCGUGUAGUUAUUUCUAAAAUUCCGCUUGGGAAACUUGAGCUGGCGCAUGGCAAAACAUGAAGAAAAUUACUGCUGUAUAUUUCAAAUGAUGGGUUUGACAAAACGAAUCGGUGCAGGAACCAAUUAAAUGUGUUGAUGUGUAAACAGUUUGGUCUGGGGCACAUGUUGAACUUGUAUUUUUGUACAGCGGUUAAGCAGAUUGAAUACAUUUGGUUUGCAAAGACAA